GUUCGCGCACGUCGCUGUCACUCAGAGUUGGUUGUAGGAAAUGCGGACACGGCGAUAUGUCAGCAGGGCCGUGUUUAUCUCUUCCAGCGAUGCUGCCCAUUUCACAUUUCAGGGAGGUUUCCUGACUUUUUAAAAUGCGACGCACAAGUCUACUCAAUGCCAGCGGUACGGAUCUGUUUGCGAGCGGAUGAGUGGGAACCCAGUGCGGAGCGGCAGUGUUUAGCUAACACCGUUAGCCCAGCAGCACACCACCCUCCACACUCAGACCCCCAACCGCACUUUUGGCUUUAUCAUUAGAACUUUUCUAUCGGGCCAGCGGCUCACCAGCGGCCUGCCUCGCUCAAGCCUUUACAUCCGUUCAGCGGCGGCAGCGGCGGCGGGGGGGUCACGGUAACCGGAGCAGACAGAAACCCCCCCGGGACGGACGGACGGACGGACAGAUCCCACAGCUGCGGCUGUAUCGGUGAGGAGCAGCUAUGGCUGAAAUUACCGCCCUCACUCCUUCCCCUCCUAGUAUGGCUGAUCAACCGGUGCCUGCUUCCUCCAGUCCACAGCCUCUCCCCUCAGAAACUCCCAUCCCAAAAUCAUCUCUCUACGGGGAUCGAGCCAUGAUGGGAAACCCAACAUUACAGACAAGCGGAAAAAUCUCUUCUUGGGAGAGCACACCCGGCCCAAACAGCGCUGAUCUCACUUCAGCAGCAACAGAGAGCGUUGCUGCUCCACCGGUAGAGGUACUAGCUGCUAAAGAUGGAGAGACUAAUGGGAAAAAUGAUUUAAUUGGCCACACUGAAGCACAGGAUAAACAGAUGCCGCCCUCGCCUGAACUUAAUCCCAGUCCUAAUCUCUAUCCCAACGUUCAAAUCAACCAGAUUUUCACUCCUGCACCCCCUGUGGACAUUCCUCCGCAUUUUACACCUCCUGUUCCUGUUUCCAACCCGGCUCCCUCUUCACAAGACUCCAGGCAAACAGAAGCACAAACAGAGCCCGAGUCCGCCCAGAACCCCGAACCUAACACUCCCAAUGCCACCAAGAUGACCCCUGAGCCCCCCUACACGCCCACUAAGGCUGACCCCCCAGCCUUACUGGUGCAGGAGUCCUGCGGGUCCUUGGUUUUGCCCUCCGCUUACUCGCGACCGGCCCCGGACACGCUCAGCUACCUGGAGUCAGCCAGCCUAAUGUCAGGCACGCUGGAGUCUCUGUCGGGGCUCGGCGAGGACGGCAGCUCGGUGGGGUCGGACUCGGAGAUCAACGGUCCGGUGAGGCGUACUGAUAAAUAUGGCUUCCUGGGAGGAGCACAGUACAGCGAGGGCAGCGAGGCGGACAUCGCUGUGGCCGUGGCGAGGCAGAGAGAGAUGAAAUGGUUGGACAUGUUCAGAAACUGGGACAAAUGGGUAUCUCGACGCUUUCAAAAGGUUAAAAUACGCUGCAGGAAAGGAAUCCCCUCAUCACUCAGAGCUAAAGCCUGGCAGCUGCUCUCCAACAGCCAGGAGCUACUUGACUCCAAUCCUGGAAAGUUUGAUGAGUUGGAGCAAGAGCAGGGAGAUCCAAAGUGGUUGGACAUUAUAGAGAAAGACUUGCACAGGCAGUUCCCGUUCCAUGAGAUGUUUGCUGCUCGGGGAGGACAUGGGCAGCAGGACCUGUACCGUAUACUGAAGGCCUACACAAUCUAUCGACCAGAUGAGGGCUACUGUCAGGCCCAGGCGCCAGUGGCAGCAGUGCUGCUCAUGCACAUGCCUGCUGAGCAAGCCUUCUGGUGUCUUGUGCAAAUCUGUGAGAAAUACUUGCCUGGCUACUACAGUGCUGGGCUGGAAGCUAUUCAGCUGGAUGGAGAGAUUUUUUUCUCUCUUCUGAGGAGAGUCUGUCCCAUGGCAUACCGUCACCUGAAGAAAUUUAAGAUCGACCCCAUCUUGUACAUGACAGAGUGGUUUAUGUGCAUUUUCUCCCGUACGCUGCCUUGGUCUUGUGUCCUGCGUGUCUGGGACAUGUUUUUCUGUGAAGGAGUGAAGAUUGUGUUCAGGGUGGGUCUGGUGCUGCUCAAGCAGAUGUUGGGCUCUGUGGAUAAGCUCCGUGAGCUGCAGGGCAUGUACGAGACCAUGGAGCGACUGAGAAACCUCCCCCCUGAAAGUAUCAGGGAGGAACUUCUGGUGCAAGAGGUCGUCUCUCUGUCUGUGACAGAGGCCCUAAUUGAGAGGGAGUGCGGCAUUCAGGUUCGCAAGUGGCGGGAAUCUCGUGGAGAGUUGACUCACCAACCUGGUCGGCGUUUGCACGGUACGCGGGCCAUCUUUGAGCAAAAACACCGGGCCGCUGCAAUCAGCUCUGGCGGCAGCCUGUCCUUCCUGGCCAGUCACAUCCCUCCCCCAGGACCCUUACGUGCGUCAUCAAGCCUCCUGUCACUUCCUGGUCUUAGAAAAUCCAAGACGCCGUUCCAUUCACAGAAUAAGAAGGGCUCCACGUCUGGCAGCUUUGGCCAGGAUAUCGUCCCACUGCAGCCCCUCAGUGGCGGUACCACCAGUGCAGUGGCCUCAAAACCUCCUAUUUCAUCUGCCUCUAAUGCAGGAGCCAGUGGGCGGCCGCCAGCACCGCACGGGCCUAGCCCGCUAGCUACAGCGUCAUCUACUACCACGCCACCGGCUCCAACGGCACACGCGUCCAGCGCGACCAUGCUCCAGCCUUCGCCCAAAGUCGUCUCUGAACACAUCACCCCCACAAUCCCAUCACCCACCGCAAACAACGCACCAUUACCACCUUGCCCAGAAACCUCAAAAGUGGAGGAAGAUGGAAAAAAGAAGAAGAAAACCAAGGAAGACAAGAAGCGAGAGAAAGAAGAGGAGAAGCAAAAGUCAAGGGAGAAGAAAGAGAAGGAGAAGACGGAGAAAGAACGGCUGAAGAAGGAGAAAGAGAAAGCCGAGAAGGAGAAGAAAAAGGAGAAGGGCGGUAAGAAAAAAGACAAAGACACUGAGGAGAAGAAUGGGGCCGCAGCAGCAAAAGAUUCUGCCUAAUUCCUGCCCCGCACAAGAAUGGCGUAAUAAAAGGACAACGGCUGUAGACUGGUGAAAUGAGUGAGACAGAGGGAAAGCGAAACGCCUGCAAAGUACAUUUCAUCUCAAGUACUCAUUUCACAAGAAUAACUGGAUCACUGCAUCCGCCCCACAUCUCUCAUCAUCUCGUCUGCACUGUGCUUUCACCCGAUGCCGAAACAGGAAGCCGUUAUUAACUUUCGUUAGUUUUUUUUUUUUGAAGGUAGGUAUCUGAUUGCUGAGAUCAGCUGUAUAUUUAAUAGUCAAUUCUAGUGUACUGGGUGCCAUGGUGUACAUAGACCUCUAGCGCCAUCUGUGCCAGUCCAGCCCCACAAUCCCCCCUCUGUCCGUCACCCGAGAGGUGUCUCAACCAGAAUACCUGAAUAAAACUUUUCUGUGGCGAGAAAAGCGAGGUGGUGACUAGUAAUAACUUAUCUGUGAGUGUUCUGGAGGAUCUAUUUAUUCAUUGUACUGUUGAGUGUUAGUGUGUGUUUGUGUGUUCUCGUAUGUCUGUGCCUUGGCAGUGUAGUGAAUCGUGUCACAGUCUCGUGCUGCGGACCGGUCUCGUCUUUCUUCUCUCUUUUCGCUCUCUCAAAAGAGUGGAGGAGCUCAAUUGAACUGGGGAGGAAAGGUACGUUCUCCUUUACAGUGGUAAAGGAGUGGAAAGAGCCACUUUUAACAAAGAAAAGUUUGGAUAUCCAAGUUAACGAUUACUAAAAGUGUCAAAGCCCCUCAAUCCGACAUCAGCCUCACCAAAAAUUAGCUUUUGACGCCGAAGAUUUCUUUCUCCUUUUCGAACAAGUUGCAUCACAUGAACCACAGUAAACAUUCUGCCAAGCGUCAGUCACUCCAGAUAUCUGUGUGGUUUGAUGUUAAUUAUCUCGAUGUUGAUAUGGAUGUAGGAUUUUAAUAAAUUUAUGCACUGAGGCCUGUUGAUUUUCACCACUAACCGAUGUAGGGCACUCUCUAAUCCAGCUCGCAUGACUCCUGAAGUCUGCGCCCAUUGUUGGAUGGUGCAGCACUGUAGCAUUAACCUUUGAUCUGUGAAGCCCUUGGCUUCAGGCUGUAAUGUUUUGAUGUAUAAACUAUUAAUUUAAUCGGAUGAAACCAUAUACUAUCUAUUACAGCUACUAUUAGACUUGUUUUGAAUUAGAUGUUUUUUAUUUUUCUAUGCAAGAGGCCUGGUAGACUGGAAUGGCAGUGAGCUUGGUUUUAGGAGAGUGAUGUAUGUAAUCACAUUUUAUUUCGAAGCGCUGAAAGUUAUUUUUGCACAUUUCUCUCUCAACAUCCUGGAGAACGAAAACAAGCAAGCAAGCAGUUGUUAUUUAUUUUAGCCUUUUUGUAAUCACUAGCUUGUUUAAUAUUAUUGCAGUAUUUGCGUUAUGGGAGAUAGUGAUUUCAUACUGAUUAUUUCAUUCUGAGCUUUUUUUUUGGUAUUAUUAUUGUUAUUGUGUCCCAUCGAAGGGGGAAGUGAUCCCAAAGAGUUGUGUGAGAGAAGAAAUGGAUCAAUAAAAUGUGUGCUAGGCAUUUAAACGUAAAAUAUAAUCCUUAACAAAACCUUCACCUCUUGAUGUGAAGUGAACACUGGCGAAUCCACCGUAAUCCACUGACCCCUCAGUAUUAUGAAUUAUUCUGAUACAUUCACCAGGUGAUUGGACCAUACUUACUAGACUGCUACUCGAUAUGUAGUAUUUUCUAAGACUUGAAGUGGAUUCUAGGUUGCAAUAUGCUAGGCAAACCCUCUGUCGAUGUUUUAAUGGUGUCUGCUGUGUUUACUGGACUUGUUCAGUCUCAACUGCAGGGGGUCAAGCCUCCGCCUCACCUGUCAGUGGUGCCCUUACUGACCUCAGCGGUCGUUGCUUCCUCUAAAGGCACUACUGUACAAAUGGAAAGCAAGCAAAUUAUGUCUAUGCAAAUUUUAUGUUCCUAACUCUGGGCGCAAUGUAGAUGUUGUGGCACCAGAGCUCAGACUACCUUCACUGUUGACAGCAGCAAAGGAACUGUUGAAGGAAAGGUGGCGUAUGAUGUGUUAUUAUCCUGAAGAAUUUCUCUAAGUUCCAAGCACUAGCAUAAACCUGGUUUUGCGCCUGUCGGACCACCUUCACUAACACCAUAUUAUCUGUAUUGCCAAUCAAGGUGGACUUAACAUGAUUUGGACACUGUGCUCAAGUGUAAUUAAUGCAAGGCCAUCCAGUGUUGGUUUACUAACACUCCUGAGACAGCUGGGACUGGGUGUGAAGUAGUUUGACUUGUCAUGGAUUUCUGCAUUGGUAAACAUGACCCAAUGUGUGUUGUAGGACUGUUGUAAGAUUAAUUUUAAAUCAUUUUAAUUUUCGUUUUAACGUGUUUAGGUUAGUUCUCUCAUCCUGUCCUUUGUAUGUCUCAUGCUUGUUUUUAUGUUUACAUGAAACCAUUUACAGUUGAGAAUGAAAUAAAUUCAUAGAUGAAGACAGUUGUUCUAAAACUGCAGAAGAGGAAGUUCACAGUGUAUUUAAUAAUUACAGUUGUGAUGAAUAAUAAAUCAUAAUAUAUUAAAAUCUC